GUGGGUUGCAGGGGCGCAUAAAGCCCGCACCUUGCACGGAAAGGAAAUUUUGGAUUGGGGGCGUGUCCCGCUUCGCCCUGCCCGGCGCUCCUGCUCGGGGAGCGGGCUCGGGGCGCGGCAGCUCCCGCUCCUCUGCAGGAGCCCCGGAAAGGCGGGACGCGGGGGCGCCCGUGUGUCCGGGCUCCCCCAGUUGGCGGGGACCCCUGGGCACGGGCUCGUUGGCCCAGGGACUGAUGCGCCACUGGCGUCCAGAUACUAGCCCGCGGCCCCAUGACAACCCUCCUCCUGGCGUCAGCAGGCCCUGCAGGGGUUAAGCUUGACCUGGCGGGGGUGGGGUGAGCGCUCCCGCGUCCCUGACUCGCUCUGCCUCUUUCGCGAUGGGAAGCGGCGUGUCCGCCCCGUGCGGCGCGGGGGGCAUUUGGCCGCCGCUCGCCUCCGUUGCAUGGCGCAGCAGCCGUCGCUGCGGGUCCCUGGCUCUACAGCCCGCAUGUCUCAGGUGAAGCCGCCCGCCCCGCCGGGGAACCUUAACGAGCUGCCCGACCAGUCCCCGCUGGUGGGAGCCGCCGUGGCGGAGCUGCGGCGCCUGGCCGCGGCUGACCGCAGCCAGCGCUGGCCGCUCGCUCUCACCGACUCCUUCCUGCUCAGGUUCCUGCGAGCCCGGGACUUCGACCUGCCCCUGGCUUGGAAGUUAUUGAAGAACUAUCACAAGUGGAGAGCUGAAUGCCCAGAAUUAAGUGCAAAUUUACAGCCUUGCUCUAUUCUCAAUCUCCUGCAUGCUGGUUACCAUGGAGUCCUGAGAUCAAGGGACCCACGUGGCAGCAAAGUUCUUAUUUAUAGAAUUGGACGAUGGGAUCCAAAGAUGUUUACAGCAUAUGAUGUGUUUCGUGUAAGCCUUAUCACAUCAGAGCUCAUUGUAAAAGAGAGAGAGACACAACGGAAUGGAGUCAAGGCUAUCUUUGAUCUUCAAGGGUGGCUAUUUGCUCAUGCAUUUCAAAUCAGCCCAACAGUGGCCAAGAGGAUUGCUGCCGUGCUCACAGAUUCCUUUCCACUAAAAGUUCGUGGCAUCCACUUGAUUAAUGAACCGUUAUUCUUCCACCCGGUCUUCGCUCUAAUUAAGCCCUUUCUCACUGACAAAAUAAAGGAACGGGUGUAUAUGCAUGGGAGUAAUUACAUACAGAGUCUGACGCAACAUUUCCCAGCUAGCAUUCUCCCACAGGAGUAUGGUGGGGAGGAUGUCUCCAUUGAAGACCUUUCCCAAGAGUGGACUGACUUCAUAAUGGAAUCUGCAGAUUACCUUCAGAGUAUUUCUCUGGUUUUUCCAGUGAAGCAACCAUAUUAAAAAGUAACCUCUUGGUACUGAGGCAAUUCAUUAAAACAGAGAGCUGCAGUUAAUUCCUAGUAUUAUGAUUGCAAGCCAGAAUGAACUUCAAUCAGAAAUUUUUUAUUUAGAUUUGUCAUUACUUUAAAGGGACCUGUGUAAAACUCCUGGUAGAUCAUUGCUGAGGGAAGAAAUGCCCCAUUUGCUGCAUUUUUAUAUUUGUACUGAUAUCCUCUCCAAGCAAUUACAUCUCAAUUAGAGUUGCAUCUCAGAACUAAAGGAGAGAUUCAUGAGUUUGAUAUUUAGAAGGAUAAUAUGCAAUACUGUUUGUAACAGAUUAUAUAUGUGCUCAAAGGCUGGAUAGUGCUACAUGUAGGAUACUGCAGAGAACAAUAUUCCUCUAGAUAUGUUCUCAUGGAACUCCGGUCUGUGAGGAUUCAGUACAAACCAUAUGCUCAGCUCUUGCACUGUAGCUGCUCAAGUUGAUGCACUGACAUAAAGAGCCAAAUGAUUUCAAGAGCUGCAGGGCAAGUCUGCUUUGGAGUUACAGUCGUUUGGCUUGGAAGCACAUUUGUACAAAGUAGUGAUUUUUCUUAGGCCUAAUGUUAGCAGGGAAUGGGGCUGGUCUUUGGAUUGAUUCUCAGGGAAGUGGAUUUCCAGUCAAUUCGCAUAGCUGAGCUUGCACUUUGGAUGAAAACUGAUCAGCAGUGGUGGAACAUUGCUGUGCCAGCGGCUGCUGUGAGCAGCACAUAUCCAUGCAGGCAUUUAAGUUAGUAAGCAUCUAACAUUGUAAAGGGAUAAUCAACUUGGAAACUAUUAAAAGAUCACGUGAAUCACAAAGAGGAGGGGGGCAAAUGGAUUAACUUAACUUUGAAAAAUAAUUUUUCUUCCCCGGCAACAAAUGUUCUGUUUAGAUAAGUUACAAGGCAGCUCCUGUGAAGUGCCAGACACCCUUAACUCCUACUGUGAAGUCCUGUAGAAGUAAAGGGUGCUUAGCAACGCCCAGGACUGGGCUGUUUGAGGGGAAGAAAGUAGGUCUCGCUUCAUGGAUUUGACCAUAGAAAUAAACGUGUCAUGUGGUUUCAGUAUUCUCACUGAAUACUGUUGCUGUUAGAUGCCAAGCACCUUCCUUUUUAUUCCAAGAGAUGCUAAGGGUAUUCAACAUCUCCUGUGCCUGGGCAUUUUGCUUAGCACUGGCAGAAAUUUUUUACUUAAAUGUAUUUGAUACUGACCCCAAUGCCUCUUCAGCUAUUACAGGCAAUUGAAAACUUUCCCACUGUGUUUACUAAAAGCGGUUCUUAAAGGGACGCAACCAGAUCCAAAUUACAUCUUUUAACAAAACGAGAUAUUUUCUUACCUGUGUUACACAGCAAUAACAUAGAUUAUUUAAACUGAAAGGAUUUAAACAAUGAAUGUACUUUGAUUUUGUUUGUUUUUUAGCAAACUAACUUCCUAGCUCUUAUUUCUUAUGGUUUUUUGACAAGGCAGAAAUUGUUUGACAGAUGUAUUAAACAGCUCUUAAUGAUUCCUUAUGGACCCUAAUGUUAAAAGCAUUUAUAAGGACAAUGUCUUUUGUAAAGUUGACUCAAAUGUUUAUUUUGCUUCUCUUGGAAUCAUCAGUAGAUUUGAUAUUUGUACAAACUUGCUAUUUAAAAUGAAGAGGAAGGAGAAACUAAGAGUGCCAUAUUAACAUAUCAGUAAAGUCUUCUGUAAGAUUAGAUGAUCAAUAGUACUGCUCAGGCCGUUUCAUCAACAUCAAGAGCGCUCUUAAAAGGUAGUUGUGUUGUCGUCCAUGCCAAUGAACAGACGCAUUUUAAAAUUACAAAGCCAACAUGGAAAUAAGAAACUUUGUUUCCUCACCCCCACAUGUACAAUUUUUCUUGUUGUCCUGGACACCUUUGGUCUGUAGUCUCAGUUUUAAAAUAUUUUAACCUUCAAAUUGUGAUCAAAAGAAUUUUUUAUAUACUUUCUUGUCAGAGAUUCAGCUUAGAGCAUGAUACAAUAAUAUCCUCAGAGAAAGGAACUUUUGGAAGAUAUUUCUUCUUGUUUAAAGGGAAAUAGAAUAAUUACCAUAGUUGGCACCUUGUACAAUGCACAGCUACACUGAGCUACACAACUCAGAUUCUAAACUACUGGGGAAAAAUGUUUUUCUAGUGAGAAUUGGAAGCUGAUGCUCUUUCGUAUACUGCUUUUAGUUCCUUGGAAAGAAACUCCAUCAAGAAAUUGUUUGAAUUAAUUGAAAGUUCAGUGCUUUCCUAUGAACACAAAAGUUUGUAUUGUAGAUAUUUUACCUGGCAGAGACCAAACCUAUUCUCAAUUAUAUAUAUGCAGCCCUCUUUACUUCAUCUGGGUCGCAUGCUUGUAAGCGAAGAGGUGUGGGGCUUUGGUUUUGUUUAACACUAGAGUGCUGAACUAAAAUUGUAACCAUUCAGUUAAAAAAAACCCACCCCAAACCCAUGUUAAAUGGUGUUGCGAACGCAUUACAGAUAUUGGCACCUCUGCUGCGGUGUGGCUGUGAUUUACUUUCUUCAUGGGUCUCUUAUUUGGCUUUUAAUGGUUACGCCUAUUGUAUCACAACAGAGUGAACUGUACGUAGGAGUCGUUUGAUUUGGGUCUUACCUCAACAGUGAGUUUUGUCAGGUGGGUGGAAGGGCUAUUAUUUUACACCCACAGAAGGAAGAGGAGGCACUUUGAAUUGCAAAGGACACAUAUCUUAUUGCACAGUGAUUGCAGCAGGAGAACCUCUUUAAAGUACUAACUUUCUAUAAAAUGCUGAUGCAAAUAUAGUUUGCUACUGACUGUCAGCACACUGUAAUGUAAAUUGUUUUUAUAAUUUUGUACAUGUUAGAAUACCUUUAUAUUAAAAAAGAAGUAAACUUAAUAUAACAUUCUAGGUGGAUCAUGCAGUCUUGUUGGUCUGUCUCUCUCAACUUUUUAUUAACUAAAAUUUACAAUUAAAGAUUAACGUACUAUGUCAAACAUUGUUUAUUAUUUAAUCAGGAUCAGGUUAAUAUUCAAAGUACCUGGCUAAAGAUUCUGGCUUGCUGGCUGGAGAGUCAUCCUGCUCCUCUGAGUAUGCCAAAGUGGGUGACCAAAAUUCGGAAUCUUCUUUUUGACGCUUCUCUUAUGUACAUACUUUGUGUGAAAGCUUUUGCAUUCCGUAUUUUGCAAUACCACAUUUCCAGAGAAGUCACACUUUUCCCAGUAAUGUUCAAUACAAAGUCUUGCUGCUAACAGUAAAAAAAGGAAAUUAAUUUGUUGCUCUCUUUGAAAUGUAGAGACUCUCCUGGAGCAUUAAGGAAGCAAGUCAGCUCUGGGAAGCUGGCGCUUUGCGAUAAGAUGAAUCUCUUUAAUAAUUUCCUCCCAAAACCAUCUACCUGGACACAACUACUACAUGUGCAAGUAUGUUCAUGUUUUCCCACAACCCCUCCACUUAUUUGUCUGUUUUUAAAUGCUCAGGAAUUAUGGAAUAGUGUAAGCAUUCCUUUCCCAAGUAGCCUCUCUUUCUAGCUACUGCUUGCAAUGUUAACAACAAAAGUAAGUUGUCAAUACAGCUUCUAGCAAAAUGCAUAUAGAAAACUGAAAAGUCUUCUCCAACUACUGUAAUAUAUUAACUGAGGAAUAAAGCUGUCUUUUCAGUUAUGGUCCAUUCAACUGCCCCUUCAAAUGGCAUCAAGAAAACAGAGAUAACUUCUGCACCCCAAGUAAAGUCAUUCAGGUCCCUUAGAAAUAAGGUUUGUCUUUCAUUGUUUUGUAUUUAAAACAAGGUGCUCUGACAGACAGCCACUCAAAGUCCCUUCUUCACUCAUGACAACCUGUGGCAGGCCAGGCCCUGUUGACUCCAUCUGCAAACUGUUUAAUGUUGUUUCUGGACUCCCCACCUGACUGUUGCUCAGACCAGGAGUCUGCCUUCAUUAGAGCUCUAGGAUGGGAUUUUCAAAAGUGCCCUAGAUAUUGCUCUACAAGGGACUUCUCUCUACCUGGCCACUCCACGGACACAUGCACAUCAGCUCCCUAACUCCAGUUAGUGGCAAGGUACACUAAUUUCUGCAGGCAUAUAGACUAUCCCCUUCCCUCAAGGGAAGAUUGUCUAAUAUAAUUUUAGGGCCUUCAGUCCUGUUCAUCUCUCCACUUCCCAUGUGGGAAAUUCCAGCUGUUCAGCUGUACUCUUUCAGAUCACUUCAUUCCUAAAGCAACUUAUCCAUUGGGUUGGACAGUCUCACCUAAACCCACAGCUAGCAAGCAUAGAAGAGCUACUGUAGUCUGACUCUGCAGCCCUGUGCGAAAACCUCCCAGAUUCUCAGCUACCAAUGCCAAGCUGUCCACAGGGUGUCCAGAAUAGGUUAUUCAGGUUGGUUUUGGCACAACAAGAGGAGGCACCUACAGUUCUGCCUUUAAACUCCUGCUUGUCUCUCUACUGAAGCUUCAUGCGAAGAAGCUCAUAGCAGCAAGUGUAGUGGGGAUCCAUAUCUUGGAUUAACUCCAUACUCCAAAUUUAGAGGAGCUUGUGUACAAUUCCUUAUGAACAGGCUAGUAAUCCACCACCAAAAGAUUGACUUCAAACAUGGAAAAAGAGAUGGAAUUGUAAUGUUGCACCCCAUAAUGCUUUAUAGAAAUGCUUAUGAAUGUAAAUGACAUAACUGGAAUAUGUUUUAUGCUACAUGUGCCAUGUAACAUAUCUCUGCAAAGGUUAUGAUCUACUGAAUAUAUUCAUCCUAUUUGUAUGCAUGUAUCAUUUUUGUAUUUGAAGUUAUGAAUAUUGGCUGUAUACUUGUUUAAUUUUAAGUAGCCUCAGUGAAGCAUUUGGUCAGUUUCUUGAGAAAAGAUUAUUCUCAGUAAGCGCCCAAUCAAGAAACACUUAAUCUGACAAUAGACUUUGAUAGACGCCAGUCCACAUCUGAGCUUUCCUGGGAACAUACCUGUAGAGAACUAAGUCAUGCAUGGACACGUGACUUGCCCAGUUGACUCUAAAACUCCAUCUUGUAGAGGGGACUCUGCACGGGGGAGGGAGGGGUUUCCACCCACAAGAGAAAAACUAUAUAAAGUCCUGGGAGACCCCUCCAUUUUGUCUUCAGCUGGCUCAAGGUAACCUCUCCACCCCAAAAGGAUACCUGAAAGCAACUGGAACAAAGGAUAGUAACCACAGGAGUGUGAGUGAUUGCCAGACCCAGACUAGAAGGCGGCUAGUCUGUAAAAGAAGCUUAUUGGAACAUCUCUGAGAGUGAGAUUUCAUCUGUAAUCACUUUCUUACUGUAUUAGGCUUAGACUUGCAUGUUUUAUUUUAUUUUGCUUGGUAAUUCACUUUGUUCUGUCUGUUAUUACUUGGAACCACUUAAAUCCUACUUUUUGUAUUUAAUAAAAUCACUUUUUACUUAUUAA